UCGCCUCUCCCACCCAGACGGAACGCACGAGGACGUCCCAUGAUGGCCGCCCGCUCCCUCCCCGCCGUCCCUGCCAGGAAGGCAAGCGAGGGCGCGUGCGCGGCCUGCCUGGUCUCGCGUCUCUCGUGAACACGCGGGGGCGCCGGGAAGGCAGCGCUCUCCUGUGGUCGGGGAGGGCAGGACCGGCCUUCGCGCCCCCACCCCACCCCGCACAGUCUCCCUCCGGCCCUGAGCCUGGCGGGUGAGGGGCCUCUGCCUGUCAUGCCGCUGGCAGGGCCCUUUUAAUUCCCUCCCUCGAAUCCGUUCCCCGCCCCUCUGGUCUUCCUUUCCCAGAAAGAGAGAGAGAAAGGCCGGUGGUGGAGGGGGGCGGGCGGGCAAGAGCCGGAGCCGUCUCCGCCUGGGUUGUCGUCCUGCCUCAGCAUGGCUGCCAACAUGUACCGCGUCGGAGAUUAUGUCUACUUCGAAAAUUCUUCAAGUAAUCCAUAUUUGAUCCGUAGAAUAGAAGAACUCAAUAAGACAGCCAAUGGAAAUGUAGAAGCUAAAGUGGUAUGUUUCUAUAGACGGAGGGACAUCUCAAGCACCUUAAUUGUACUCGCUGAUAAACAUGCAAGAGAAAUGGAAGAAGAAAUGGAAAACCCAGAAAUGGUCGAUUUACCAGAGAAACAGAAACAUCAGCUGCGUCAUCGUGAACUGUUCCUUUCACGGCAGUUGGAAUCCUUACCAGCUACUCAUAUUCGAGGCAAAUGCAGCGUUACUCUGUUAAAUGAGACAGAAUCUCUUAAAUCUUAUCUGGAACAUGAGGACUUCUUUUUUUAUUCACUGGUAUAUGAUCCACAGCAGAAGACACUAUUGGCUGAUAAAGGAGAAAUCAGAGUUGGUAACAGAUUCCAGGCUGAUAUAACAGACUUCCUGAAAGAAGGUGAGGAUGAUGGCAGGGACCAAUCAAAACUUGAAACAAAAGUUUGGGAAGCAUUUAAUCCACUGAAAGACAAACAAAUAGAUCAGUUCCUUGUAGUAGCACGCUCUGUUGGUACAUUUGCUCGUGCUCUAGACUGUAGUAGUUCUGUUCGGCAACCAAGCUUACAUAUGAGUGCUGCAGCAGCUUCUAGAGACAUUACACUGUUCCAUGCCAUGGAUACCUUGCACAAAAAUGUCUAUGACAUUUCCAAAGCAAUAUCUGCCCUUGUGCCACAAGGCGGACCUGUUUUGUGCAGGGAUGAAAUGGAAGAAUGGUCUGCUUCUGAGGCAAAUCUCUUUGAAGAAGCCCUUGAAAAAUAUGGAAAAGAUUUCACUGAUAUUCAGCAAGAUUUUCUUCCAUGGAAAUCCUUAACAAGCAUAAUUGAGUAUUAUUAUAUGUGGAAAACAACAGAUCGGUAUGUUCAACAGAAAAGGUUGAAAGCUGCUGAAGCAGAAAGCAAGCUAAAGCAAGUAUAUAUUCCUAAUUAUAACAAGCCAAAUCCCAACCAGAUCAAUGUAAACAGCAUCAAGCCAGGAGUGGUAAAUGGUACAGGAGUUCAGGCACAAAACAUGGGAACAGGACGAGCUUGUGAAAGCUGCUAUAUGACACAAUCUCACCAGUGGUAUUCUUGGGGUCCUCCAAACAUGCAGUGUCGUCUUUGUACAUCCUGCUGGACAUACUGGAAGAAAUAUGGUGGCUUGAAAAUGCCAACUCGACUCGAUGGAGAACGGCCAGGGCCAAAUCGCAACAAUUUGAGCCCUCACAGUGUACCCAUAAGAAACAGCGCAAGUCCCAAAUUUGCUAUGAAAACACGACAAGCUUUCUACCUACACACAACAAAACUGACCAGGUUUGCCAGACGGUUGUGUAGGGACAUCUUGCGUCCAUUGCAUGCAGCACGACAUCCCCACACACCUAUCAACAGUGCCGCAAUCAAAGCAGAAUGUGCAGCUCGUUUACCGGAUGCUUCAGAAAAUGUGUUGUCACUAAAACAAAUUGUUAGAAAACCUUUAGAAGCAGUACUUCGAUAUCUAGAGACUCAUCCCUGCCCUCUGAAACCUGAUCCCAUUAAGAGUUUGUCUGGCUCCCUCAACAGUGUGCCUUGUUCCAAGUUUGCUUCAAUGAUUAACAGUGGAUCUCCAACUAUCUUGGGAAAAAGAAGCUAUGAGCAGCACAAUGGGAUAGAGGGCAACAUGAAGAAGCGCCUUUUGAUGCCUAGCAAGGGUCUGCCUAACCACGGACAAACCAGACAAAUGGGACCAAGUCGAAACUUGCUGCUCAAUGGGAAAUCAUACCCAACAAAAGUCCGGUUAAUCCGUGGUGGAACCAUGUUUCCAGUGAAAAGGAGGAGGAUGAACUGGAUUGAUGCUCCUGAUGAUGUUUUCUACAUGGCCACUGAGGAAACAAGGAGAAUUCGCAAGUUCCUUUCCUCUGCCGAAGCCAAGCGAGCUGCAAGACGCCCUUACAAACCUAUUGUCCUGCAUCCUCUACCAGACAUGCAUCUACAGCAGCCUGUGAAUGAUGAACCCAUAAUUAUUGAGGACUAAAACAGACUUGACUUGUUUUUGAAAUACCAGUGGAGUUGCCGGAGAACUUUUCUCAACCUCCGUAUACUGUUCUUUAAGUUCUGUGGCUACAGUGUUGAAUUCACUGCUGAAGAAAAAAGCAGAACUACGUUGCUUUGAAUCCUGGAAGGAGUUCAGCCCUGUUCUGCAUCUUGAUGGCCAGCAUUGCACAUGAGUGUGCUUUCUCUUUUACAAUAGUUUUGGUAGCAGAUUUUUUCUUUGCUUAUAGUUUAUUCCGCUCCUUUUGUAAGCAAGUGAAAAGCAAAGUACGUUUAACUUAUUGAAAAAUGGAGGAUAGUGAUCUUAGCAUCUUCUUUUUUCAUAAAGGGAAACCUAGGAUCGCUUCCUUUUUUGACUGAGCUUUUAUUGUCAAGCUGUUUUACAACAUGGUUGUAAGUUGUAUGUGUGUGUGUGUGUGUUUGUCAGUACCAUUUUAAAAUUCCAUUUAUAUUAUUUCUUUGUA